ACCACCCAGACACACGAGACCGUCGCACCGGCCGUCACACAGGAGCGUGUCGCCAAGCACGUCACCGAGGAAGUCAAUGUCGUCGAGGACCGUGAACACCACGUCCACCACCACCAGCAGCGCAUUCAGCCCGUCGCUGACCGUGUCGAGGAGGAGACCAGGCACAAGCACAACGUCUUGCCUGUUGAGACGCGUGAACGCACACAGGAAAUGACUGAUGGCGCUAAGCGUGCCCUUGCUGAGCAGCAAAAUGCCUACAAGAACACCUCAGAAACCCUCCCUACCCAGUACAACAAGGUCCAGGGUGCAGCUGUUGGCCAGGAUGUCACACACCACCACGUCCACGAGACUGUGCAACCCGUGAUUCAGCGUGAGGUUCUCCAGAAGGAGCACAUCCACACCACUGUCCCCAUCCACGAGGUGAUUCACGAGAAGCCUGUUGUGCACGAGGCCACCAUUGAGCCUACCAUCUCUAUGGCUGAGUUCAGCAAGAAGGGUGGUCUCAAGGCCGGUGAGAGUGUUGCACGGGAAACCCGUUCAGGUGCUCCCCAGACACUCGAGGGAAGCCACCUCAGCGGCCACAAUGUCCACACUGACGCCAUUGGUACUGCUGGACAC